CUAUUCUAACGUGUCUAACGCUUGUUCUCAUAUUACUCCCCUCUUAUUUGGGGAGUUGGAGUUGGUUCACUACUCAAAUAUGAUAACCUGAGGCCUGAGGGAAACAAACCAAUUCUUUUCUUUGUUUUCUGAAUCUUGAAUAAUCAUAAUGGCACUUCAGCUGCAGCUUCAGCCAACUAUAAAAAAUGGAGUCUUUCAGUACCCUUCUGCAAUUAGACCUUUUGGGAAUAGAAAAAAAGUUUCUAUUCAAGCACAAGCCACUCCUACAAGAACCCAGAGGAUAAUGGAGGGAAUUGCAGUAAGUGGGGAAGUUGGUGGAGCUGGUGGUGCAUACUCAUAUAGUGCAUUAAAAAGAUUGGACCAGCUAUGGUCUAAAAUUUGCUCUUCUUCAACAGUAGUUGUUGAAGAACCCCAGAAGGUGGUUUCCUCUGUCCCUGGAUCAUACAAAGAUUCUGAGCAUAAUGGAAAUUUGGAGGAAAUGUUUGAUGUCAUUGUUUGUGGAGGUACUUUGGGAAUCUUCAUUGCCACAGCAUUAAGUUCCAAAGGUCUUCAAGUUGGAGUUGUGGAAAGGAAUGUUUUAAAAGGGAGGGAGCAAGAGUGGAACAUAUCUAGGAAAGAGCUACUGGAACUUGUUGAAGUUGGCAUUUUAACUGAAGAUGACAUUGAAGAGGCUACUGCUGCUAGUUUCAACCCUAAUAGAUGUGGAUUUGAAGGGAAGGGAGAUAUUUGGGUCCAGGACAUUCUCAAUCUUGGUGUUUCGCCAGUAAAGCUUGUGGAGAUUAUGAAAAAGCGUUUCAAUUCCCUUGGAGGUGUCACAUUUGAAGGUUACAGUGUCUCUAGCAUAUCCGUGUAUGAGGACUCCGCAGUCUUGGAACUAAAGGAGGGAAAGACUUUAUUCUCGCGUCUCAUCAUUGAUGCAAUGGGAAAUUUUUCUCCUAUUGUAAAGCAGAUUAGAUGUGGAAGGAAACCAGAUGGUAUGUGCCUUGUGGUUGGUACUUGCUGCCGUGGUUUUAAGGAGAACUGUACAAGUGAUGUCAUAUUUAGCAGUGCUUCCAUUAAAGAAACAAGCCAGUCAGUAGUCCAAUAUUUCUGGGAGGCAUUUCCUGCCGGCUCGGGUCCCAUGGACCGAACCACUUAUAUGUUCACUUACGUUGAUCCUCAACCCGGAUCUCCACAGCUGGAAGAGUUACUAGAAGAUUACUGGGAUUUGAUGCCAAAGUACCAGGGCGUGUCUUUCGAUGAUCUGGAAAUCUUGAGGAUAAUAUAUGGCAUUUUCCCAACGUAUAGAGACAGUCCGUUGCCAGCCGCUUUUGAUCGUAUUCUACAGUUUGGGGAUGCUAGCGGCAUACAGUCACCAGUUUCUUUUGGUGGUUUUGGGAGUUUGACUAGGCACUUGGGGAGAUUGACUACUGGUAUAUAUGAAGCACUUGAAGGCAAUUUUCUAGACUCGAGAAGCUUGUCCAUGUUGAAUACUUACAUGCCGAACUUGAGUUCUUCCUGGUUAUUUCAAAGGGCAAUGUCAGCAAAGAAACAGUCCAAUGUUCCACCUGAUUUCAUCAAUGAACUUCUUUUUGCCAAUUUCAUGAGUAUGCAGAAACUAGGGGAUCCUGUCUUGAGACCUUUUCUUCAGGAUGUUAUACAGUUUGGGCCUCUUGUGAAAACAUUAGGCCUUGUAAUGUUAACAAGACCUCAGAUUAUUCCAUCAAUAUUCAAGCAGGUUGGAAUUCCUGUGCUUGUUGACUGGUCUGGACAUUUUCUCAUGUUGGGAUACUAUACAUUUCUCUCUACCUUCGUCGACUCUGCAAUUAGGCCGUUGAUCGGAUCAUUUCCAGCCAAGGUGAGAUACGAAUGGAGGCGCCGACUUGAAGCUUGGCAAUAUGGAGCUGGUUUAGACUACAAACUGAGUCCCGCUGGAUCUCCUGAGACAGCUAAAAGAUCAGAUCCUAGUAAAGAAACUCUUACUACAAAUAGUCUUCCAUAAUUCCCAAGCAAAGUAUUAGAAGUUGUAUAGUAUGAAAUGCAUAUGCUAUAAGUCCUAUAACUAGCUACGGUAGCCAAUGAUUCAGUUCUGACAUUACCUUUAUUAUUAUAAUAAAUACCAUCAUUUUGUUUGCCCA